UAUAGGUUGUCAGUUCAGUGUAAAGCUAUUGGAGUGAGGGAGCAAAGGUAAAGGAUGAUGUAAUGCCCUGGCUGCCCCAAAGCAUCUUUUGUUGUGGAUGGUUAUUCCCGUCAUCUCUCUAUGAAUCAAAUGUGAGGGGCUGCUUUGUGGAAGGAGGCCUUUGCAAGAGCACAUCAACAGGAAAGAGAAAGAGACAUUCAGUUGGAGGGCUCUUGCUGAGAUGGGUUUAACUCUCCUUUUGCCAGUCACCACUAGCCUGACCUCAUACAUUUGAGUACAAUGGAGUGGCUGAGCCUUUGAGCACACCACCAUUACAUCAGCUUGGCAAAUUAAAGAACGAGGUGGGAAAAGAGGACUUAUUGUUGUCAUGGCCCAUGAGAUGAUUGGAACUCAAAUUGUUACUGAGAGGUUGGUGGCUCUGCUGGAAAGUGGGACGGAGAAAGUGCUGCUAAUUGAUAGCCGGCCAUUUGUGGAAUACAAUACAUCCCACAUUCUGGAAGCCAUUAAUAUCAACUGCUCCAAGCUGAUGAAGCGAAGGUUGCAGCAGGACAAAGUAUUAAUUACAGAACUUAUCCAGCACUCUGCAAAGCAUAAGGUUGACAUCGAUUGCAACCAGAAGGUGGUAGUUUAUGAUCAGAGUUCCCGAGAUGUUGCUUCUCUGUCGUCAGACUGCUUUCUCACUGUACUUCUGGGUAAACUGGAGAAGAGCUUCGACUCUGUUCACCUGCUUGCGGGUGGGUUUGCUGAGUUCUCUCGUUGUUUCCCUGGCCUCUGUGAAGGAAAAUCCACUCUAGUCCCUACCUGCAUGUCUCAGCCUUGCUUACCUGUUGCCAACAUUGGGCCAACUCGAAUUCUUCCCAAUCUCUAUCUUGGCUGCCAGCGAGAUGUCCUCAACAAGGAGCUGAUGCAACAGAAUGGGAUUGGCUAUGUGUUAAAUGCCAGCAACACCUGUCCAAAGCCUGACUUCAUACCCGAAUCUCACUUCCUGCGAGUCCCUGUGAAUGACAGCUUUUGUGAGAAAAUUCUGCCGUGGUUGGACAAGUCUGUGGAUUUCAUUGAGAAAGCAAAAGCCUCCAAUGGCUGUGUGCUGGUACACUGCUUAGCCGGGAUCUCUCGCUCCGCCACCAUCGCUAUCGCCUACAUCAUGAAGAGGAUGGACAUGUCCCUAGAUGAGGCUUACAGAUUUGUGAAAGAAAAAAGACCUACUAUAUCUCCAAACUUUAAUUUUCUGGGCCAACUCAUGGACUAUGAGAAGAUGAUUAAGAAACAGACUGGAAUGUCAGGGCCAAAGAGCAAACUCAAGCUGCUGCACCUGGACAAACCCAGCGAGCCUGCAGCCUCAGAGGGUGGACGGAAGAAUGCACUGUCUCUCAGUCCCCCCUGUGGCAACUCUACCUCAGAGGCAGCAGGGCAAAGGCUUGUACAUCCUGCCAGUGUGCCCAGCUUAGAGCCUUCACUCUUAGAGGACAGUCCACUGGCACAGGCAUUCAGCGGGCUCCAGGUGUCCGCAGAGAAGUUGGAAGACAGCAAUAAGCUCAAGCGUUCCUUCUCUCUUGAUAUCAAGUCUGUUUCGUAUUCAGCCAGUGUGGCAGCGUCUUUACAUGGCUUCUCAUCAGAGGAUGCUUUGGAAUACUACAAACCUUCUGCCACUCUGGAUGGGACCAACAAGCUGUGCCAGUUCUCUCCCGUUCAGGAGGUAUCAGAGCAGACUCCAGAGACCAGCCCAGAUAAGGAGGAGGCCCACAUCCCCAAGCAAGCCCAACCCACCAGGCCUUCAGAGAGCCAGAGCAAGCGGUUGCACUCAGUGAGAACCAGCAGUAGUGGGGCCACCCAGAGGUCCUUCUUCUCCCCGCUGCAUCGGAGUGGGAGUGUAGAGGACAAUCACCACACCAACUUUCUUUUCGGCCUUUCUACCAGCCAGCAACACCUCACCAAGUCUGCUGCAGGGCAUGGUCUCAAGGGCUGGCACUCGGAUAUUUUGGCUCCCCAGUCCUCUGCCCCCUCCCUGACCAAUAGUUGGUAUUUUGCCACAGAGCCUUCACACUUCUACUCUGCUUCAGCCGUCUAUGGAGGCAACAGCAGUUACUCUGCCUACAGCUGUAGCCAGCUGCCCACUUGCAGUGACCAAGUCUAUUCUGUUCGUAGGCGGCAGAAGCCCAGUGACAGAGCUGACUCGAGACGGAGCUGGCAUGAAGAGAGCCCCUUUGAAAAGCAGUUUAAACGCAGAAGCUGCCAAAUGGAAUUUGGAGAGAGCAUCAUGUCCGAGAGUAGGUCGAGGGAAGAGCUAGGGAAAGUGGGCAGUCGGUCUAGCUUUUCAGGCAGCAUGGAGAUCAUAGAGGUCUCCUGAGAAGACAGACCCGUGUAACUUCUGUUCAUGUUUUGUUUUGUUUCUUGUUCACAAAAAAUAUUCCCUGUAAAUCUGAAAUAUGUAUAUGUAUAUACAUAUAUAUUUUUGGAAUAUAGAGCUACGGUGUAAAAGCAAAAGAUGGAUCAACACAGUUCUCUCAACACCUGCCAUGAGAGCAGCUAAUUCUCUCAGAAAAGAGUGGAAGGGUAAAUGUUAGAAUUUCCCCCAGCCAGGAGAAGAUACUUUGUUCAGUGAAUCGCACAUCUUGUUCCUACAAAAGCAACAGUUUUUGUUUUUGAUGUUAGAGGAAAAUUCCUUCCCAUUUUCAUGUGCAACAGAGAUCUCCAGAACUCAUCUCUGUCCAGGCCCUUCCCUGUGCACUUAGCACUGAGACUGAGCCAGCUGUGGGUCAGGUGGAAAGACCCUCUUAGGGACAGACCCUAGUGGUAAGUCCAAGAGAAAUGAUCCUGUCCAGUCCAAGCUUGAUUGACAGCUGAAGGACAUGGACAUCAUUCUGCUGGAUGAACUAUUAGGAGCCUUGCCCAGAGCUACUUAUAACCAAUCCAGUACCUCAGACAAGACAUUUGGGGCCAUCACCACUACCAUGUCUAGGAGCCCAUUUUCUAGGCAUUGUGAAUUAGUAAGUAACUUGUCUCUUUCCAGACAAAUUCAUACUGUCUAUGCACAAAAUCCCAGUGGGCCUGGAUGAGCAGUUGCCAUGUACCCUUCUUCUCAGCUUUAAUGAAGAGGGGAAACCAACUAGAGUUCAGCAUAGCUAGAGAUUGGGCAGUCGGGUAGCUUAGAGACUUAAGCCAGGGAUGGGACACUAAACAAUCUCCUUCCCUCUGUAUAAAAAUUAAAGAAUUACCUACAGAGGGAUUGUUAAUCCUUAAAUUGACUUGGUUGAGAGGUAAAUGUGAAUCAUUGGGCUUGGUAGUCGCGUGACAGCACCUUCAGGUUCUCAGCCAAAACAUCCUUUUCAGUUCUGUUUCGUGACAUGGAAUAAAAAGAAACUAAUAGGAUUCGGAACAGGCAGAUUUAAGCAGGAAACCUGUUUCCUUGGUUGCUUUUUUUCCUGUGGUAUGCAACAAGGGUACUUUUUCUAGAAUCAUCUUAGACUUCCAAACUUAACAUGGGCUUUGAUAAGCAGGAGCUACUCAGAGUAAAACAUGCUAGAAAGUUUACAAAGGGGUUGUUGAAUUUUGUUUAGUUGUGCAUACAGGGAAGUGCUUUUUAAAGCUGUCCCAGCGUGCUUUCCGAGGAAGGGACAUGUCAGAGUGGAGGACCACAGUGGCUUCUCAGUCCCUGGCAUACAAUCACUGUGUGGAUGCAAUCCUGGCAGCUGAGAAUAGAAAGUGGUAAGAACAAGUGUGUACACGACAGCACAUGUCUGCCUUUAAACUCCCUGGCCUGAGUGUCACCCUCUAGAGUACAGUCCUUGAGGCCUUAAUUUACGUUGGCAGGGUGUGGGUAGGGGCAGGUAUGGCCAUUGUUCUUUACUGUAAGUGUAGCUGGGGCUGACUCGUAUCUCAGGUGUUUCUAUGUUUGUGAAAUGGACGGUCUUUUGACUAGGAUGUGACUUAAUGUUCCCUAGAGUGAUGCUAAGACCAGCAUGGGAUGACAUGGUUCGAAGCUGGUGGGCUGGAUCAUGAGGAUGAGGAGCCUCAUGGGCACACUGGUCCUGCACGGAUAAGCUGUGUCUGGGCAUAAGAUGAAGACAGAACAGACACUGCACAGGGGGCAGGCUGCCUCCCUGGGGAGGUUCUCUGUUCAGCAAUCUGGGGUUUUGAUAUAUAUUAAAAUCUUAUGUAAUCAAAAUUUUUCAAAGCUUCACAGUAAAUUUGGGUAAACACACUAAAUGUGUAAGAAUCCACCCUCUUGUCACACUGGUAAGACAUAAUGUAAAAAUGAAAGCAGUAGCUCCAUCAUUAAGUAUGUUCCAGGAGGAUCAGGGGAUUUGGCUUCAGUAUCUUUGGGCGGUGUGCUGCCUGUGCUGUAUGUCAUGUAGGGCUCUCUGGACCGUGUCCCUUCUCUGUAGCUGUUAGCCCUACUCUACAGCUGUCAGUCUUCAUCACUGAUGCCAUAUUAGCAGUUCUUGGGAUUACAACUGCACACGCUAAAAGGGCUGACCCUGAGGCACGCUGUGGGUGGUAUGCUGGUUGGCUCUCCUCGUUUGAGCACAGGGCAGCCUGGGGUUUUCUGCAGUGAUGCAAAGCAGUGAUUUAAUGAGCAAAACUAGACUGAGAAAUGCUGGAAACCGUUUAGACCAUUUGUAAAGUUAGAGUGGAAAGACUGUAUAAAUGUUUAAUAUGAAUAUAGUGGUCUUUGGAGUAAGGCAAGCUAUUGAAUGGUUCAGUUGUGCAUUUCUCAUUUUGUUGCGUCAUUUAUGUUAAUAUGAUGAAAUAAAAUCAAAACUGGUACCUGUUUAUA